AUGUUCUGCUUCAGUCAGAGACGUCGGCUGAGCACAAAGAAGAGUGAGAGGAUGUGGGCUGCUUUGAUGAUCCCCACUUUUCUUUUCCUAAGCCUCUUUUCUGUAGGUUGUGCCCAAGAGCCGGUGUCCACCACAGAUGGAAGUGAUAACUACCCCAUUCUUUGGGACCAGAUUAGUGGGAGCAUAACAGAAUUUCCGGUACAGAACAACAAAAUAAUCAUUGAUAUCUGGAAGUAUGCUGAUCGCUUGAAAAUGUAUAAGAUUCUUAUGAGAGAAUCAGACAAAUAUUUUGCUCAGUUUGGAAAAAACAAUUCAGAAAACGUGCUGUGGGCACUAACCAUAUUUUAUGGAAGACUGUAUAAGACAGAUCGGUUCUCAGACCCUUCGAAUAGUUCAGUGUGCAGUUUUGGCGGUGGCUGCAUAUCCAGCAGCAGUGGCUGGGGAGGCAUUAAUUUCUAUGUGAUUGCUAUGAAUUUCCUUGCUGCAGUGGAAUCUGGGUUUUUAAGAGAUAUACCGUAUGAGAUAGAGUUUUUAUCUGGAGAGGAACGCAGAUCUGACUUCUGUUAUUCAAUUGAGGAAUGUCGUAGAGCCUACCCACAAGCUAUGGAUGUAGCCAAAAGGUUUUAUCAGUAUAUGCAGUCAAGGAUGACCCUUUCCAAGUUUGGAACUAUUCCCAUUAUCAACAGAGAUGAUACUACAGUGAUCAAAUACAUGUGGGAUGCCCAUCGAGCCGCUGUUAAUGUUGCAAUGCCGAAGUUCAAUGACAUCCUGCUUAGCAGAGACAGGACUGCCGCCGUGCUCGUACCAGGGAAGUGUGCUUCCCUGAGCACAGCGUGGCAGGAUCCUCCGCAUUCCUCUCGAUCAGAAUAUUCUUCAGCAACUGAAAGAGACUUCACCAUGGAUUUUCUAUCUGCCUUUGAAUUUUGUGAGGCAGCAGAAUAUCGCCCAUACUUUGCAAGCACAGUGGAAAUACUAAUAGGGUUCCCACAUAGGCUACUCACAGACCAGGAUGCAAAAAUUCUCGCCCCUGACUUCAAUUUAUAUGAAAAAGCACAUUUGACAUCAAUAACAGCACUAUCAAGAGUAAAUAAAAUCACAGGUGGCUUGUUAUUAACAUUUUGGAAGAAACUCAUGAGUUUAUCAGAGGUGAAUAAGGCCUUUGGACGGUUCCUGAUUAAAAGGCUACUCUUAAUACCCGAUUUUUAG